CCGUCCGGUGCUUGCCCGAUACCAUCCUCGGUCCCAUCCCGAGCUUCGGAUGACAUACAUGUCCUCCAAGGCACCCCCUCGUCCAUCCCAUACUUAUACAGCAUGAGAUCGCCCAAACCGAACCACGAUUGAAUUCCCAAUCAACUUCCAACGAUGUCGACGUUGACUCGGCAUCUCUUCAUCUUAUGGGCCCCGUUUUCGAGAUCCCCAGGUACUACAGGGCGAUGGGCUUCCUCCCGCUCCGCACACAGAGCUACUCUGGACCCCCUCAUCGCGUCUGGCACCAUUAAACUCGCCGGCCCAGUGCUCAGCCCCGAGGCAGACCUCUCCAAGCCGCACGUAGAGCUGGAAAAGUUCGGCACCGUGCUCGUCUACCAGGGCGAGACUCUCGAGAGCGUGCGCAAGCUCGUGGAGACGGACCCGUUCUAUACUGAGGGGGUGUGGGAUAGGGACAGACUUCAGCUGCACCCGAUGGUGAACGUAGCGUAGGGCUACACAAGUCGCGUUACGGCGGGAUAGCCUCAUCCGUGUAUACCGCAUGCCAUUCAGCUUCAGUAACAACUUGGCAACAACAUGUGUUGCUCCCGCGUCAUUCGUCCGCUUCACCACCAAGUUUUGGUGC